AUCACCUCCAGUUUAUAAUUUAAAUCCAGGCCCAUUGAUACCAGACUUGCUAUUCUUACACAAAGAGCAUAGAUCUUCGGAUCUAUUUUAUAGGAAAAUCAAGGAUGACCCACUUAAAGUAAGAAGAUGUGAUAGUAGUUUUUGGAGACAUGUUGAUAAUAUACCACAGCGUGUAAUGCAUCACAUACAAGAAGCUGGGUUUGAGGGUGUCAUUCGGUGUGGAUAUAUCCAACUCGAUCAUGGUCUUAUUACUGCUCUAGUGGAGCGAUGGCGUCCAGAAACUCAUACUUUUCAUUUCCCUAUUGGUGAGGCGACAAUUACCCUACAGGAUGUUGAGGUUUUGUGGGGCCUCCAAGUUAUAGGAUCUCCUGUGUGUGCUGCUGAUAUGAACAAAUCAUUAGAGCAGUGGAUAGAUAUAUGUGAGACUAUGAUGGGUUUUACUCCUCCGGAUGGUGCCAUAUCAAAUAAUCGAAUACUACUAAGGUGUUUGUAUGAUAUCAUCUGCAAGCCUCUACCUGAGAAUGCAUCAGAUGAAUCAUGUAUUCAACGGGCGAGAGUCUAUAUUUUGUAUUUGUUGGGUGGUAAUUUGUUAUCUGAUUUAUCUGGUAGCACUGUGUACAUGCAUCACCUCAUCAAUUUGGUUGAUAUGUCUGUUAGUGCUUCUAUGAGUUGGGGGAGUGCUAUUUUGGCCUGUUUAUAUAGACGUUUGUGCAAAGCGUCAUAUUCAAAGGCGAAUGAGAUAUGUGGUCCGCUAGUAUUAUUGCAGUUGUGGGCUUGGGAACGGUUACCCACCAUUCAACCCAUCCGACGCACUGAUGAAGUCGAUUUCACUCGCCCUUAUGGAUCGAGGUGGAAUGUGGAGUUUGGAGUGACUAGAGUUCCGAUGCAUGUUUUGCCUGCCUAUCGAGAUGCAUUCGCCAGUCUACAACCUAAUCAGUUUAUCUGGCUACCGUAUGAAGAACAUGUUCUUGAAUUAUUGCCUUCGUAUUGUACAAGAGGUCGAGCAUGUUGGAGAUCUGUCACCUAUUUGAUAUGUUGGGAGAUUGUUGAAGCUCACUUACCAAACAGAGUCUUACGACAAUUUGGUAUGCAUCAACCGAUCCCUAUUCCUCGCCUGUUAGAUAAACAUGUUGCAUUGCAUAAAAUGACACGCAGUGGUAGAGCCAACACUAAUUGGAUAGAGACACAUCAACAAUAUAUUGAUCAUUGGCGUGAUUCACUUAACCAUGUUGAAAAUGGCGAGUUAGUGAAUGAUCCAAUGCAUGCCUCUGUAGAAUAUAUGUCUUGGUAUUGGCAGCGGACAGUUAUAUACAUUACAAAUCCGAGUCAACGAUUUUCUUCUAAUGGCUUUCAGGGUGAUGGAGAGACUACUGAGUAUUUGAUGGAUGGCAUGUGCCGAGUGUUCUACACAUCAUUAGACUUGAUGGCGAUCAGUGAUGCUAAGCAUGCUGGAUAUUUUGCACAAAUUCGAGACAUAGCUAGCCACUACAUGCACCAAGCCAGAGGACAACAACGUUUGGAUAUUAGGCAUUCGCAUGUACUUGAACAAGUUGAUCACCAAAGUUCACUUACACAACAGAUUCAUAAAGAACCAAGAAAUAUUCAGCGGGGAAGACAAGGUGGUAGGAGAUGCCGAACUCAACCUACUCAAUCUCAUUUUUCAAAUAUUGGUCUUGGAGGUUCUUCAAGUAAUUUGGAACAUGGUAGUCACUCUGAUACUACAUUACCAACCCAGACCCCCACAGUUUGUCCAUCGCCUAUUACUCCAAUUCACCUUUUUGAUCAAACACUUGAUUCUGGCAUAACCAAUGAUAAUGCACACAAUGGUGGAUCUAGUCAAUUGCAAGUAAAUGAUAAUGAGCUGGAUGAGCAAAAUGACAUUACCGUUGAACAUCAUGGUGAUCUCCCCAUAGCUCUACGCAAACAAAAAAGAACAGUAAAACAUAUUGGUUGCGGUACACAUGGGAGGCUAGGGAUGGGGCACUAA